AAUCGUUAGAUUUGAGUAAAAAUUUAUUAUUAUUCCAAUUCGUAAAAUUAAAUAAUCUGUUAUCAUUAUACAUAAAAAUUAGGAAAUUACUAUAAUUAGUUUUAAUUGUAUACUCAUAUUGUAUUUUAAAUAUAACCUUAUACCUCAAAAAGUCUAUGUAAUAAACAUUGGUUUUUAUUGUGCUUUCGAAAACAUUCUAACACGUGUUUUAAUACAUUUCUCCAGUGCAACUCUCACGUCUUUUGUCUUGAGUCUCAGGACGUAAGCAAGAACUGCACUCUAUGCAUAUAAACAUAGUCAGAAUGAUACAUUAUAAAUGUAGACAAAGUUUUUAUGCUUCUAGUAACGUAAAACGGUUCGAAGUACCUGACAGCAAAGUGCCAUGGAAUGUCGAAUUUUUAAAUUAUAAACCAGUGAAAUAUACCGCUUCGGUACUUGUAGGUAAACCUUGGGCGGAUCCGGAAAUUGGAGAAAGUUCAUUCGAACCAAAAUGGAAUUCUCUUGAUGGUCAUGUCAAUCGUAAAAGUUUCACUGGCAAUUACAUUAUAAAUGAAGAGGGUUAUCCUUUAAAUCCUAUCGGUCGUACCGGUAUUAUUGGACGCGGCCUCUUAGGACGAUGGGGUCCAAAUCAUGCAGCAGAUCCAAUUGUAACACGUUGGAAACGAAAUAUUUCCGAAGCGUUGGAAAUAAACAAAUGUUCAAACAAACCGAUUUUGCAAUUUGUUGCAAUACAAAGACGAGAUUCUGGAGAAUGGGCUAUACCUGGUGGUAUGGUUGAUCCAGGAGAAACUAUAUCGACCACUCUUAAGAGAGAAUUUAUGGAAGAAGCCAUGAAUUCUAUGGAAAAAGAUAAAGCAUCGAGAGAAGAAUUGGAAAGAUCCCUCAAAGGUUUUUUUGAGAAAGGGGAAGAAAUCUAUACAGGAUAUGUAGAUGACCCUAGAAAUACAGACAACGCAUGGAUGGAAACUGUAGCUUCAAAUUUUCAUGACAAAGAUGGUAGUAUUCUUGGACAGUUAACUUUAAUUGCUGGAGAUGAUGCACGUAAUGUUAAAUGGAUGGAUAUUGAUAGCAAGUUAAAUCUGUAUGCUAGUCAUAAUGACUUUAUACAGAAGACAGUACAAAAACAUAACGCACAUUGGUGAAAAUACUUAGUAUUUUACUUUCAUUAACAAAACGUGAACUUUGUUAUUUAUUUUAGAUGAAUUUAUUUUUAUACUUGUAUUUACAAAGAUUAAUAAAAAAUGAUAAUACUCAAAAAGUAAUAUUAUGGAUGAAAAAUGAUUUUUAUAUUUAAUGGAAAAACAAUGCAAUCAGUAAAAGAUAGAUUAACUUUCAAUGUCAUAUAAUACAUUUCAUUAAUUGUACAAGUUAUAUUUGUAGAUUACAUGAAACAUAAGCAUUCAAUGACUCAUUUUAUGAUAAAUAUAUAUCUAUAUACAUACUCUAUGUACUUAUUUAAUCACAGACAACAAUCCCAUUCCCAAUGGAAUUAUAUAACUUGAAGUCAUCAUUAAAAUAUAGAUACCUUUGCAUCAAAUUAUAUGUAUUUGAACAAAGAUAAUAUGUCAAAGGCAUGACAAAUAUGUUUAUGAAAACAAUCUAAAUGAGUUUGUCUCUUUUUAUCGAAUGUAAA